GAUGUGGAGUGAUGCUGGCUCACUGUGCCCCGAGUGCCGGCGCGCGCGACCCGCAAUCGGUAAACCAAAUUGACGCGCGAAAUUCAAAUUUGGAUUUUUUAUUCUUUUCCGCGCGGACAGUUGUUGGUGGCCAGUGUUUUUGUUUUGAGAAAUGAGGUUGCGUUUUUUGUGAAGUGCUUUUUAAUAGUUUUCGGCGGUUGGAUUGAUUUUUUUGGAGCUGUAAUAAUAUAAUCCAGCACCAUGCUUCAAUAUAGGACAUCGAACAAACAGCUGUGUUGUGUGGCCUUCAUAGUAUUCAUCACAGGAAUAAAUUCUCAAGCAAACAUAGAAAUCACAACACCCAAAACCAUCGAAGCCACAACGAACACACUGAAUGCAGCAGAUGAUUUUGUAAUAGCUUCAAAUACUAACGUUUCAUCUGAUCAAUAUCAGUCUAGACAAUCUAGAAGUAACGCAGGAAGCCUAGAUGACAUUAGCAUGGAUGGUGACGAAAACCUCAAGAACUUAGAACAAAUAAGCACAGAAUUUGUGAGUAAAGGUGAUCCAGUAAGAUCUCUACAAAGCGCAUCCAAAGUACAAACAAACGUGAUCAAUGAAAUCGAUACAAAGGUAAAAAAUGCAACAGCUCCAGUCAAGCAGCAUCCAGUGAAAGAAUUAGAAGAUGACGUAUUGGCAAACAUACUUCGUAGCCGUCUAAAAGCUAAGAUGGAGUCAAAGAAAUCUACAAUCAAAGAACAUGCAAGAUAUGAUGAAGUGACGGGAGAAUUGAUUGGAGGAGAUCAUCCUUGCCAUAGAGAUUGUAGAGAGGGAGAGGAACCGAUGAUUUGCUUCUAUCAUUUCAACUUGGAGUGGUAUCAGACGAUGAGCAAGGCGUGUUUUGGAUGUCCUUACAACGCAAGCGACUGCGCUAAACCUGAUUGUAUACCAGCAGAUGGGAUGAGCAGACCUCUCAAUGUUGUCAAUAGGAAAAUGCCUGGACCAGCUAUUGAAGUAUGCCAGAAUGAUCGUAUAAUAGUAGACGUGGAGAAUGACUUGAUGACGGAGGGGACUACGGUGCACUGGCACGGCCAGCACCAGCGCGGCACCCCUUUCAUGGAUGGCACGCCAAUGAUAACGCAGUGUCCUAUACUACCUGAAUCCACAUUCAGGUACCAGUUCAACGCGACCCACUCGGGCACCCACUUCUGGCACUCCCACUCCGGUAUGCAGCGGGCCGACGGCGCCGCCGGGGCCCUCAUCAUCAGGAAGCCCAGGAGCCAGGAGCCGCAUGCCAGACUGUACGACUAUGAUCGAUCAGACCACAUCAUGAUCGUGACCGACUGGAUCCACCAGCUGGCCGUGUCCAUGUUCACGGACCACCACCACUCCUCGGGGGACAACAAGCCCCCGACGCUCCUCAUCAACGGUGUUGGAAGGUUCCGGGUCUUUAAUAACGAGACUCAGAAGCCGUUUUAUAUGAACGCGGCAAGAUUUAAUGUUGAACAGGGCUACAAGUACAGGUUCAGACUGAUCAACGCUGAGUUCUUGAACUGUCCCAUCGAGUUGUCGGUGGACGGCCACAACAUCACUGUCAUAGCGUCUGAUGGCUACGACUUGGAGCCUAUUACUGCCACAUCGCUGGUGACGUACGCGGGUGAGAGGUACGACUUCGUGCUGGACGCUGAUAGCGAGAUCGACAACUACUGGAUCCGGUUCAGAGGACUCAUGGACUGUGAUGAGAGGUUCACGAAGGCGAAGCAAGUGGCAGUACUACACUACGAGGGGGCGAUGGAGGAGGAGCCUCCGGGAGACCUCACGUGGGAGGAGUCGCAUAACGAGGGACUGCAACUGAACGCACUGAACAAGGGUGAAGAAGAAGACACGACAGUGAGCGUCGCAGAGAUGAGGUCUCUACACGGCUACGACGAUAGCCUUAAGGAGGUCGCAGACUACCAGUUCUACAUCGCCUAUGACUUCUAUGCGAAGAAUAACUCGCACUACCACAGGUCGCCUUACUACGGGUUUUAUCAGGUGCCCGGCAAAGAGAACCGUCUUUACACGCCGCAACUCAACCACAUCAGCAUGAAAAUGCCAAGCAGCCCUCUCCUAAUCGACCGGCCUUCUUCCGACGGCUUCUGCAACAUGUCGAGCAUCGACGAAACCUGCAAGGAAGGGUACUGUCAGUGCCCCCACAUCCUCUCAGUCAGGCUGGGAGCUGUUGUCGAACUGGUCAUCCUCGAUGAAGGGGUCACGUUCGACGCCAAUCAUCCUUUCCACUUACACGGACAUGCUUUCCGUGUAGUUGGAAUGAGACGGCUGUCAAACGUGACGACGAUAGAAGAUGUCAAAGCGUUUGAUGAAGCUGGGCUUUUGAAGAGGAAUCUCAAGAAUGCGCCGUACAAAGAUACGGUGACGGUACCAGAUGGUGGGUAUACGGUUCUGAGGUUCAAAGCGGAUAAUCCAGGGUAUUGGUUGUUCCACUGUCACAUUGAGUUCCAUGUGGAAGUGGGGAUGGCUCUGGUGUUUAAGGUGGGGGAACACAACCAAAUGCCGCCGAUACCGCCAGAGUUCCCUCGGUGUGGUAGCUACUUGCCAGAUAAUAUGCUGGAGCAUGUCACCACUGAGAAACCAAAGACGGAUAAUUCAAUUAUUUCUAUAACGCAUUGGUGGCCUGUUGUCCUGUUGAAUUCUAAUUCAACGAAUGCGGCUGUGUCUUUAGAUUUUGUAUUUGUUUUGUCUGCGAUUUUGGCAAUGUGGUGUGUAAGAUUGUGCGUUAGUAUUACGUAGAAAAAGGUAUAGAAAUUUGACAUUUUAAAAUGUACAGUGUUUAUAAGUACAAUAAGGAUAAUGAGGUCUUUAUAAUUUUGUAAGGUGCAUCGAGAUUUUUGAAUUAAACAUAGAUGCAAGAUUGUUGCAUCAAUUAAUUCGUUGGCCAAUUUUGGGACAGAGUCUAGGCCGUCUAAAAAAAAUGUUUGGAUAAAAAUCUUAGAUUAAAUCGAUAAUAAUAAUUGUAAGUAAGUAUGUAUUUAAUACAAAGUUGUACUUAUGUUUAAUUUUAUCAUUAAAUUGACAGUAUUUAUUAUUGUAUCAUGUCAUGAAUUAAUAGUCUAGUAAGGAAGUAGAUAAGUAAUAAAAUCAGUUUUUUGUGAACUUCUGUACAAGUUUUGAAAUAACUAGCAGCUUAAUUGUCACUUAUCUUAUUACUAACAUCCUGAAUGGAAAGUGAAUCAGUAGGUAGGUAACUAUCAAAAUCAUUUAUAGUUGAAUGGAUUGAAUUUGAUCAAGUUUGACUAUGAAAAAACAUAAUUAUAUCGUCAGCAUUAUAAAGUAGCUUUACUCUUUUGAACCUGUCAAACUAAUAAUUAAUGACGGUUUAUGUAGUGUUUUAAUGAAUAAAAAGCGGUUUAGGAAGCUGACUAAAUUAGAUUCAUUUUAAAUUAUCUUUGCGCGGGCGCAACAUUGUCCAAAAUAUUGUAUAAUCUGUGUAGAAUAAUUGACUAAGAAAUACAUAAUUAUUAUAAAUACUUACUUAGUCAAGAUGAGGACAGGC